GUAUCCUCCACCAUAGUAAACCAUGAGAACUGCUACCGCUAAAAGAAUUAGUUAUAGAGACAAGGUCAAGUCCCCUGCGAACUGUAUCUCUAAUGUACGCUACAGGGAAGAGGAGUUGUGUCCUGAGAAUAGUAAGUUUGGCUCUAAUAUUAGAGAAUGUGAAGAGGCCAUCUUAACCCCACUUGGGAGGAUGCUAUCAGAAGUUCCCAAACUGAAGACCAGGAAUGUACUACUUAACAUAGGAACUUGGAAUGUUAGAACACUGUAUGAACUGGGAAAACUUGAUAAUCUCAUUCAAGAAAUAAAGUCAAUGAGGCUAGAUGUUAUAGGUAUUUGCGAAAAAAGAUGGACAGGUUCAGGAAUGCUUUACAAGAAUGAAUAUACAAUGAUGUACUCAGGAGCAGAGGCACAUGUAAAUGGAGUAGCCAUCAUAAUGAAGAAUAGUACAGCAAGAUCAAUAAAAGGCUUCACUGCAGUCAAUGAGAGAAUCAUUGCAGUAAAGAUAGCUGCUCAACCUUUAGACAUUCUACUAAUCCAGGUUUAUGCUCCCACAGCUGGACAUGAGGAAGAAGAUGUUGAGUUAUUCUACAAAAAUAUGAAGGAAUCUGUGGAAAUGGCAAAAUCAAAUGAUAUAAUCAUAGUUAUGGGCGAUUUUAAUACAAAAGUGGGCAAUGAGAAAAUAUCAGAAUGCAUGGGCCAACAUGGACUUGGUAAGAGAAAUAAAAGAGGAGAUACACUCUUUCAGUUUUGUGAGGAAAAUAAGUUGAUAAUCACCAACACCCUGUUUAAACAUCCAGCAAGAAGAGUGUAUACAUGGAAAAGUCCAGGGGACAUAUGCAGGAAUCAAAUAGACUUCAUUUUGAUAAAGGAAAGAUUCAGGAAUAUUAUAAAACAAGCCAAGUCAUAUCCUGGAGCAGAUAUUAAUUCUGACCAUAAUCCAGUUGUAGUGAUAGCAAAAAUCAAACUAAAAACCUGUAAGCAAAAGGCAGUAUCAAAGAAGUUAAAUUGAGCAACAUUAAAGGAAGAAAACAUAAAAGUAAAAUUUAAUGAAGAAUUCAAUAGGGAGAUCUAUAACAAUAAAAUAAAUAAAGAAUAUAAUCAAUCAAUAGAGGAUAUUAAUGAAGCAUGGAAUGCCUUUAAGGAAUGUAUAAGUAGAGCUGCUAAUAACAUCCCAGAGUACAGUAGGAAAAUUAGCAAACCUUGGAUGACUGAUGAAAUUCUAACAAUGAUGGAGAAUAGGAAAAGUUUGAAAAAUAAACCAGGUUAUAAGAAUUUAACAAGAUCUAUAAAAAGAGAGUGUAGAAAGGCUAAAGAAGAGUGGCUUAACAAAAAAUGUGAAGAAAUUGAAAGUUUGGACAAAGAAAAUAAAAUAAAUGAACUCCAUGAAAAAAUCAGAGAAGUAACUUUUAAAAAACGGAAUUCUCAGGCACAUGGUAUAAGAGAUUUAAAUGGGAGAAUAGUCUUGGAGACAGAGGAAAUAAUGAAAAGGUGGUAUGAAUAUGGAAAGGAAUUAUUCCAAGGCGACAGGGAGAAGAUCGAGUCUCCCAGGGAGUUAGAAGGCCCUUCAAUACUCAAAUGAGAAGUUGUAAAAGCCAUUGAUAAACUUAAACCCAGUAAGGCUGCUGGCCCAGACAAUAUAGAACCAGAAUGGAUUAAAGAUCUAGAUGAUGGAGGCAUCAAAACCCUGGCUAAGUUAUGUAACGACAUCUAUGAACUGGGAUACCUUUCUGAAGACUUCAAACAGUCAAUAUUUGUUUCAAUCCCCAAAAAAUCAAAAGCAAUUAAAUGUGAGGAGUUUAGAACCAUAAGCCUAAUUAGUCAUGUGGCAAAGGUUCUAACUUAUAUCUUGUUAAAUAGAAACAAGGGAAGAUGGACAGAAGGCAUUAGUGAAACACAAAGUGGCUUCCAAGAGAAUAAAGGAACAAGAGAAGGUAUUUUCAACCUGAAAACUAUUAUUGAAAGAUAUAGGGAAAAACAGAAGAAUAUUUUUCUCUGUUUUAUAGACUAUACAAAGACAUUUGA